CAUUUACUACUAACAUUUAGACGUUUAUCUUGUUUAGUUUCUCUACUGUGUCUUUGGACUACAACUGAAGCGAAGGACCUCUACGUUAAUAUAACCUACCUCGAGACUGCCAUAACGAAAGGAGCAGUAUGCUUGGAUGGAAGUGCUCCUGCAUUCCACUUUCAUCCUGGAACUGGCUCAGGAAUUAAUAGCCGGCUAAUUCACCUUCAGGGUGGGGGAUGGUGUGAAACCACUUCAGACUGCCUGGCUCGUGCAACUACGGACUUAUCUUCAAAAAAUAUGUCAAAAAUAGCAUAUUUUACUGGAGUUCUAAGCAGCGAUCCUCAAUUUAAUCCAGACUUCUACAACUGGAACAAAGUCAAAAUUAGAUAUUGUGAUGGGUCAUCCUAUAUUGGCGAUAUUGAAGAAGUUGACCCCGAUACUAACCUCCACUUUAGAGGAGCAAGAAUUUUUGAAGCUAUAAUGGAAUAUUUUUUAGGUCAAGGGAUGAUUUAUGCUCAAAAUGCUAUCCUCAGUGGAACUUCAGCAGGAGGGUUGGGUGCAAUCCUACAUUGUGAUAAGUUCAGAUUAUUUCUCCCAUUAAUUGCUAGAGUGAAAUGUAUCUCAGAUGCUGGUUUCUUUGUUAAUGUAGAAGCUAUAUCUGGUGAACCACUUAUUGAGGAGAAGUAUAAGAGAGUUGUUGCUUUGCACGGAUCUGCCAAGAACCUGCCACUCUCUUGCACGGCCUUGAGCUCAGACCCAAAUUUGUGCUUCUUCCCUCAGUACGUAGCAAGACAUAUUUGCACACCUCUUUUCAUUGUCAAUUCGGCCUAUGAUUCUUGGCAGAUAAACAAUAGUUUGGUUCCUCAAGUUGCUGAUCCUAACAAUGAGUGGCUAUAUUGCAAGCAUGAUAUAAAUAUAUGCUCACCAAGUCAAAUCCAAACUCUCCAAGAUUUCAGGUUGAAGUUUUUGGAGGCAUUGAACGAACUAGGACCAAGUAUAUCAAGAGGUUAUUUCAUUUCCUCUUGCCAUUUCCACAAUGGCAUUGAAAUACAAAAUUACUGGUCCUCCAGAAACUCUCCAACGUUAGCUAACAAGACAAUUGCGGAAGCAAUUGGAGAUUGGUUUUUCGACCGAAGUGAAUUCCAGGGGGUUUAUUGCCCCUAUCCUUGUGGCAAAUUUUGCCAGUAGAGGUGCUCAUAUUGUACUACUAUUUCAUUUUAUUUUUUUUUAGAAGUGGAGUAUCUAGCAGUGUAAGAAGUUUUUUUUUUUGGUUUUUUUUUUUUUUUUUUGUUAGUUAGCUCUAGUAUCUUAGAUAUUGUCAGGCAACUACUCAUGUAAUUGCUUAAGAUUAUUCGUCAAACUUUAAUAUAUUAUCUCAGUUUGAAAUGUUUA